UGUCUAACAAGGAAUGUGUAUCCCACUGGUCACAGUCGUUUCCAAGUUCCUCAAGUCCACACAUGUUAGCAGCAGUACAAAUUUCGUAAUUUUUUAACACAGGUUUUUAUCAAAAACUGAUUUGACACUAAACAAAUAAGCAUGUCGAUUAAAUUCAUUUUCGCCACUAUUCUCAUGAUCUCCGUGUUAAUGAUAAGUGCUACCAAUGCUUAUACGGCUUAUGCCGCACCGAAGACACUCCAGCUCGACGCUAACUGUAGGAAUUCCAUUUCGGAUUUCUUCUAUGAUUCUGAUAUGUAUCCAACGGAGGCAAAUUUCACGACAACGCACGUGUCAGUAUUUGUCAGCGUUAAGGUUGAGAAAGGUUGGGAUAUCAGUGUAAUGGAUACACUUCCGGUCCAAGUUACUUACUCGUUAUCAUGGAAUGAUCCGAGACUUGCCUACGGAAGCUCGCAAGGUUGUAAGCAACGCUACGUGAAACUCGAUCGCAUUACGCCAUACUUGUCGAUUUGGUACCCCGCAAUGGAUCACGAACCUGCAGCGACGGAUUAUAUCGGUGGGCAACUCUGUCGGAGGAAACUGAUCGGGGAAAAUGGAGACGUUUUCAAGAAAUGCAGACUUGGUCACAAUUUAGAGCUGGAAAAGCGGGGGGAGAAAAGGCUCGUGGCCAGUUUCGACAUCCGAGGGUCUGAGUUUGCUAAUGAGGUGAGCUACGACUGGGCAGGAGUACCCGAGGUCACGAUGGAGGAGGACGUCGUCAACGGGUACAGAAUUACCGGGGUGGGUAGUAAGUGUGAGACCUUGGAAAAUCACGGACCCUUUGGCCCCAUAGCGAGGAGUUGUCUCCGAGUAAAGUUAGACUUUAAGGCUGUCGUGUAAAUUAAUAAUUUAUUUUGCUCGAAAUAUUGUUGCUGGUUAAAUAUAAAUGUGAAUACGUUUUUAAAUGUGAAGUUAUCAUGAUCGAUGACAUGCAGCUAAAAAUUUAUUGGUUGCAAAUAAACAAGUUUUUGUUAUAAAAACAAUUUUAGAAAAAAAAACA